AUGGAAAUUGAUCAUAGUUCAAACAUUACUUCCUCCGGUAUGUCGAAGGAAAUAAGUCGAGAAUUUGUCAAAAUUUUCGCCAAAAUAAUAAUGACUAAUGAAAGAAUGAGGGUUUUAUACCAUCUCGCGAGGCGAAAUCGACUAAUUUGUGGUAAUCUGGUGAGCAGGGUUGAUUCUGUUAAAUACAAAUUGUAUCAUGUCAUGGAACUUAAGAUGAAUAAAGAUACUGGGUUUUAUAGUCAAGAGAACUAUUUUACAAUGCAGAAACUUUUAGCUAAUCUUGAAAAGAUAAAAGAGUUCAUUGAUGACUUGUCUCAUUCAAGAAAACAUUUUACGAAUAAAUCAGUUCAUACAUAUUAUGAGUUAAUAAAUGAGAUGGAUAGUUACGUAGAAACCUUGAAUGCUAAGAUAAAUGUGAACAUGAAUUCUAAAGGUAAAUCACUGCUGCAAGAAAUCGAGGAAACUGAAAUUGAGGAAGCUGAAAUUGAGGAAUCCGAAAAGUUUAUUAAUAGUAUUCCUGAGAAAAAGAAAUUGGAUACAAUAGAAUCGAUUAAGUCCUCGUGCAAUAAUACCUCUUCUACAUAUUUAAAUUUAUCUUGUCAAUUAAAUUAUUCGGUAAGGGAAUCAAGUGGCUUUAGCAAUUAA